CCUGCGGAGCACGGAUCUGGGGGUUCAAAAGAGAGCUGCAGUCGUUGUCAGGUACGAUAUUAACAACGGGAAAGUUCUGGUCCUCACAUGUCUCUUGUUCCUCCAGGCUCUUCCGGUUGUCAAGUUGUUGAGGGGAGAAAUCACCUUCUCGAGGGCUCUCCAGAGAUGUAGAGGCGGCAUCUCUCCGGCAGGAUGUAGGACUGACUCAUGUUUAAAAAACGUGAUAUGACAACUGGAGCAAACUCUCGAGAGGACUCUCACUGAGCAAUGCACGGUUCCAUUUGUAUCAUUUUUGUUCCUGUUCGAGCGCGGUUGCCUGGCAGUGGGAGUGCAUCAGGCUCAUGUACAUCCAAAAUGUCAUAGAGGUUGCGAAGGGCGGCUUUUCCAGAUCACUUCACAUUCACUGAGGACUUACUGAUGAAAGUUUUGUGACUCUAAGUGGAAAAAAAAAAAAUUCUCUCCUCACAUUUUGGCAAGGUUUCAAUUUUCUGUUGAACCUUCAUUUCGAACAAGCCAACAAGGACAGCUGCAAAAUAAUAUCCCUACUGAAGCCUAUACAAUGAUCUCACUCCACCAGACAAUACCCUUCAACGCCAUCCUUUCAUUUGGGGUGAUGCAUCAAGGGAAGUAAUUACAGUCACUACUGACAAAUCGAUGAUUAAUGCUGACAGCGGUACCUUCGUCUAUAAAACCCUGAUUUCCAUCUGCUGGGUUCUAACAUUUAUAGCAGGCACGGCCACAAGAGAGUGGGCCUUCAAACAUGCAGCCUCGUGUUUUGUAGCUUUCACAGAGAUUCAUUUCAUGCAGAGUUGAGUUUGCAUCCUGAGGUAAGCUGGCGUAAUUCACUGUAUCAUACUGUACGGGUGCUGUUAAUGUAUUCCGUGUUUCCUUUUGAACAGUAAACUAAACAAAUCCUUUUGCGUCGCCUAAAUGCUUUUUUGUUGUAGUUUUGCGGAGCUGAGGUGCCGCGCUAAUUAUUUUCACUCUCAUUUUCAAUCCAGUGCUGGCAAGAAGAGAAAAAAAAAUCAUCAACAAUGUGGACCGUGGUUCUUGCUCUUUGUUUGGGAAAUGUUCUCAUCAGAGGAGAGGCCAGUGAUCAGCAUUCAGAGCGCUCCUCUGUAACCGAACGCUCUGAAACGGCCUCCCCUGGUAUUUUCCAACGAGAAAAACAGAAAGCCAACAGCUCAAUCCAUCCGCCCCGCGUGGCAGGACCAAAAAGCCCACACCCUCCCAUGUGCCUGGAGUCAGCUGGAAUCAGAGACGCGUUCAAAUAUGUCAACACCGUGGUCUCUCUGCUCGUGUUUGUUGUUGGAAUUGUGGGGAACUUGGCCUUACUGAGGAUCAUAUCUGUAAACAGAAGCAUGAGAAGUGGACCGAACAUCCUCAUUGCGAGCCUCGCUUUGGGCGAUCUGAUCCACAUUGUGAUAGACAUUCCAAUCAACGCAUACAGGCUCAUGGCAGAAGAUUGGCCAUUUGGAUUGGUACUGUGCAAACUUGUCCCCUUCAUCCAGAAAACCUCUGUUGGAAUUACCGUGCUGAGUCUAUGUGCUUUGAGUGUUGACAGAUACCGAGCCGUGGUAUCCUGGAACAGGAUGAAAGGCAUCGGCGUUUCUGUGUGGACCGCAGCUGAAAUAACUCUGAUAUGGCUUGUCUCCAUUGUGCUGGCCGUGCCCGAACUUGUCGGCUUCGACAUGAUAACGAUGAACUAUAAAGACAGGCAUCUGCGUAUAUGUCUGCUUCAUCCCAUGCAAACCACGCAGUUCAUGCAGUUUUAUAAAUCAGUAAAGGACUGGUGGCUCUUUGGCUUUUACUUUUGCAUGCCUCUGGCCUGGACCGCCGUCUUCUACACACUCAUGACCAGGAAAAUGCUGAAAAAGACGGAAAAUAUAUUAAGCGACUUCGCCAAGCAGAGACUGGAAGUCGCAAAAACGGUCUUCUGCCUGGUGAUUGUGUUUGCGCUCUGUUGGUUGCCUCUUUACCUGAGCAGGAUCCUGAAAUCAACCAUAUAUGAUGAGAAAGAUCCUAAUAGGUGUCAACUACUGAGUGCCUUCCUUGUCCUGGACUAUUUUGGCAUUAACAUGGCAUCACUCAACUCGUGCAUCAACCCUGUUGCAUUGUACAUAGUCAGCAAACGAUUCCAUUUAUGCUUUAAGGCAUGUCUAUGCAGUUUGUGUCCACCUCUUCAAGCUGUUACCCAUGAUGAACAGCAGUCUGUUUCCAAGUCCAGGGUGCAGGAUCAAGCCUCAGAGCAGAGCGGCAACAUCAAAGCUCACAAGCAGACUUCCACACCUCUGCCCGAGCAGGAGAACGUCUUACUGUGCUAGCGAAACUCAUGCGGAACUGUGAGUUCUUCAGUAUUUCAUUAUUAAAUAUACAGUAUAAUGUGCUAUCGAAAGCAUAUUCCAAAGCAGCUGCAUCGGUGGCUUUGCAAAACUUGAUGUGCCAUCCUAAUGAUACAAAAUACCUUCUGAAUAACGCGCGGCGCUGUCUUUUGUGCUGCUGUCGUCAGCUGAACAUCUGCUUUGGCACGAGCUACCUGGAGUCAGACUGUUCAGACUAUUUUCCCCUCAGGGCUUGACUCACUCCCAACCAUUACAUCAGAUUUUACCUAGUACCUAUCCUGUAUCAUGCAUCACGGGUCUCAAACCAUUGUUUAGGGCACCAUGUUAACCUGGCACCCUUCAACAGGAAUCUUGUCACGGCUUACCGACUGCAUAUUAUUCUGAUUCUGUUCCUGGAUUCUGGGAAGACACUGUGCCAGAGGAAAUCAGGCAAUUGGGAAUUCAAAAAAGAUGAUGGCGGUGGGUUUGUAUGGGAUACGGUGUAUUAUUAGCACAUAAAUGUGUGUUAUCAUCUCCGCUACGUUCCCCCAUAAGCAUUCCCCAUGAGUUUACGGCGUUCCUUUUCAUUCCUGAACCUUGAGAAACAUAUCAAAUUGGUGCCACGAGAAGAUUCUGUCUCCGCCGCUGAAUGACUGAUUGAUGGUGGCCUAUUUUUAAUGCAUUGUUAAAUGUGUAAUGCAUGGAGACACUUUAUAAAAGACCUGAGAGUGGGGAAGAAGGAAAGCGAAGAUGACAGAAUGAGGUCAGGAGGAGACGGCGAGGGGAGGAGGGGGGGUGUAGAGAUGAGCACCUGAUAGGUCUUCCUGUCACAGGACAAGGCAAGCACAAAUAGAGGGCUGUUCUCCCAGCUAAUGCUGCAUCAGUUGACAAAACUGUCUUGAUGCUGUGUGCUGGAAUGCCUAUUAAAAGUUCCCCUUGUCUAAGUAAAGAACACAACUCUCAACGGUUUGUGAAGAUUCAAAAGUUCAUUUGAAUAAAUGUGUCUGAAUAUCCCUGUGAUGCUCAUACAGAAGAGAUCUGCAAUAAAGACGCGGCACCGAUAUUUAAUGAUGCUAAUUAAAGUCUCCACUCAACUGUUAAACUUAGUUUCUACACUCUAUUAUUUUCAACCACGUACAGUGUCAAUACGUACACAGAGAAAAAAAGGGCCCCAUUUAAACCCCAGUUAACUUAGUUUUUUUCAAUUAUAAAUUCGACAGUAACACAUUUAAAAACUUUAUUUAAAUUUGAAAUCCAACCAUGCAUAUAAAAAUGUAAAUUCUGUUUUGUAUCAUGCACUUUUUCAUAUCGCCGCCAUUGUGCAAUGUGUUUGUUGCUCUAAUAGCUCUUGGCACAUCAAAUAGAGAGCACAAGGAAAUACUGGUUCCACAUCACAUCACAUCACAUCAGACCAGCAGGCUGCCAUCUUCUCGUACCUAAUCGAUUAUCUUUGCUUCCCUCAAUAUAUAAACACUAGAUGCAGCGAAGCAAAGAACCUGGUUUUGGUUUGUUAUUGCAACAGAUUAACGGGCAGGAAUCAAUACGAUCCUUUCAAAAUGUUUGUGUGUGCAUACAGUAUAUCGUAAU